CUCUUCAUUUCUAUUAUUGUCAAUGUCGAGUGCGAGCAGGUCCCUUACAGCGAACAAUCCAGUAUGUGAAAAUUUUGAUGUAGAUCUCAUGCGACAACCUUAUUACCACGGCUUAUUGUUACGAGAUGAUGUUCCGUACUUAUUGCAUCACCAUGGCGAAUUUCUCGUUAGAGUUGCACAGGCGGAUAAAAAUGUGACGAAGCUAGAAUUAGUUUUAUCCGUAUUUCACGACCCGGAGCAUCGUUAUGAUCGCGUUAAAGUUCAAAGUUACAAGGACAGCUCUGUCAUCCAUCUGGUAAUACAGAGCACAUCGAAGAAGAAGUAUUACAUAGAUCAAGGAAAAGUCUUUAACACUGUUCAUAAUCUAAUACAGUACUUUUUAGAAAAUACUGUGGUUGUUAGAGGGAAGAAAGUGCAACUGAAAAAAGGUAUUACUCUGGCUCGGUGGGAAUUCGGAUCAAAAAGUGUGAAGAUCGGGGAACGAAUAGGCGGCACGGGUUAUGAAAAAGUAUGCAAGUGUAAUAUAAAAGUUAAGGAGAACGAAAUAGAGGCCGUAGCAAUUACAAUAGCCGGGUUAUCACCAAAUUCCCUGGAAAUCUUGAAACGUAGAGCAAGGCAAUGUCGUUUACUUCGAGACCUACGACAUCCUUGCAUUGUGCAGUAUUACGGUAUGAGUAUGAUGGCGCCACCAUGUCGAUUUCUGUGUGAAUAUGUACAAGGAGAAAAGUUGAACUUAUACCUGACUAAGCAGCGCGGGAAGUUGAAAAGAGAUGAGAUGUUACGAAUGACGAUCAGCGCUGCAUGGGGAUUGGACUAUCUUCAUUCAAAAGGCAUACUGCAUUUGGAUGUCGCUGCUAAAAAUUGUUUUUAUAACCAAAGAGUGGUAAAGAUUUACGGUUUUGAUCUUGCGCAAAAGGCACUCGUUUACACAAUAAAGUCACUGAAAAAAUUGCCAGUUCGAUGGAUGGCACCUGAAUCGGUGGAGAUGUUCCGAUUUUCGCAAAAAUCUGAUAUCUACUCUUACGGGGUACUUGUGUACGAAAUUUUUGCACAAAGAGAACCUUACGAGGGAAAAGUAAAGCAAGAGGCAGAAGCUGAAAUUCGAAAAGGAAAUUUGAACAUCUUCCCCAACCAAACGCCGAAAAAACUCGCAAUAUAUGUGAAAGACAAAAUUUGGAACUUAAAUCCAAGCCAUCGACCCACUAUGCAGGCAGUUGUAAAGUUCCUGUCGGAGUAUACUGGAAUGGAACUUGAGAUAAAAGAAUCGGGAGAGAGUAAGAUCCACCAAAGCGCCACUGCAGCAUACGUUACUGACGUGGACUAUAUUGUAUCAAAGUCUGAACAUGAAGGUGAUGUGUUCGAGGCGGUCAUGAUAGGGGGAGGAAAACGUAAAGCGGAAGCAGAAAAACCGAAAAAAGCUCCCAAAUCUCCCAAAGAACCUGCCAAACCAAAGGAGUUGCCCAAGCCUAUAGAAGAGCCCCUUCCCGCUUCUGCUGAGAAAGUGGUUCCCCCUUCUGCUGAGAAAAUGGAGGAGACUGAGAAAGUACGAGGGAUUCCAACUCCCGAGGAGGUUUUUGCGGGAAAGCUGGAUAAUACUCAACCCGAAGAAGAAGAAGCACAAGGAGCUUUUGCUUUUUUGUGCAAUCGUACUGGUGACUUGUUGUACGAUAUUGGUGCCGCACUUGUUCGAGCUAUAAAAGAAGAAGCCAUUGGCUUGCCUUCUGAUGAGAAGUCUAAAGCGGCAGGUGAAGCCUCGAGUAGCGGCGUUUCUUCACAUCAGAAGCCGGGUGUACUACAAAAAGCAGAGAGAAUUCGACAAACAACUCCCAGCAUGGCGGGAAGUAUAAAGUCGAAGCAAAAAAAGCCUGACGGUGUAUGA